CGCAAACGUCCAAGUGACAGUCUUCAACCAAACCAUGGGCGCCUGCGCCUACCGCAGCAUCAAUGCUACCCUUGACGACGUUAAAAAGGUUUGCCCCAAGACCAACCUCUGGAAGGAGGGCAAGGUCUUUGGUUGCGAGUCUGACUGCAAGCUGACCAGAAUGGAAAAGCACUGCUGCGUCGGCGAGUGGGCUGAGCGCUUCGGUCCCAAAGCUUGCCGGGAAUCCAGCAGCUUCUUGGCUGAGUUGUGCCCUGCCGCAUACUCAUGGCCAUACGGUGACCAGGGCGUUGUCGACGUCUGCUAUGCUCCAAAGGCUGUGCAUGCUGUCUUCACUCCUAUCCGCUAAGUUGCGAUGAGACUCCGCAGUUUCCAUUCACGAUUGGGUGGCAGGGUGGUGCGGCAUGGGGUCUGGGGAGAAUCAAAAGACAGGGAGAAUGCAGAUCGUCGCUGUUCAUGAAGGAUGCUGUCGCUUGGUGGCGCGCUGAUGAAUCCCACGCUUUUCCCGUUGCUUGCACUCCUUUCAAUGACUAAAUUGUACAUAAUAGUAAUAAAAUUUGACUUUCACAGGUAUGGCCUUCCCUCUUAAGGCUGAGAAGAAGAUAAUUUUGAUGUGUGGUCUAGGUUGCAAACCUAAAUCGUGCCCUAGC